AGUUAAUUUUUGUUUUUCUCGUUCAACAGUUAUGGUGAAAAUAUAAAUUGUCAUCAAUUAAAUCAAGGAAUCAUCAGGAAAAAAAAUGUCGAUUGUUAAUUACAAAGUGUUGAGACGAUCAAUCAGCAUACGAAAGUUACUCAGUUCCAAUGGAAGUGUUAAUUGUCCAGAUAUUGAUUCAUCUAAUCAAUUGCCCGGAGGAAAAAGGCAACGUUGUCAUUUAAAACGUUUCCAUCGGUUAUUAAUUGUUAUCCCGUUUGUUUUAAUUAGUUUAAUUAUCUAUCUUGUCUCUUGCUUCAUGUUAACCGGAACCUGUACAUUUCCAUUGAGACGAAAUAAGAUUGAAAUUGAUUCAGUUGAUCAAGAGGAAAAUCAUUUGGGACGUUUACCUUUAGAAAUUGAUGCAAAGGGAAAAAGUGAUAAUCAUAAGAGUGAUGAUGAUCAGUAUCAUGAUCAUGAGGAUAUUGAGACAUCAAAAAAGAUCAGAAAAGAUCCAAUGUUUCCGAAUGACCUUUUUACCCUUGAACAGAAACAAUCAGGAUUCAUAGUGUUACAUAUUAUUGGAGUUAUCUACAUGUUCAUGGCUUUGGCUGUUGUUUGUGAUGAAUUUUUCAUCCCCUCAUUGGAUAUUAUCACUGAGAAACUUGAGAUAUCGGAAGAUGUCGCCGGGGCAACUUUCAUGGCUGCUGGUGGUUCUGCUCCAGAACUUUUCACCUCCCUUAUCGGAGUAUUCAUAAGUCAUGAUGAUGUUGGUGUUGGAACCAUUGUUGGCUCAGCAGUGUUCAAUAUACUCUUUGUCCUCUCAAUGUGCGCAGUCUUUGCCAAGGAAACCCUUAAACUUACCUGGUAUCCAUUGUUUCGUGAUGUAACCUUCUAUUCAGUAACUUUACUAUCCCUGAUGAUCUGUUUCAAAGACUCAUGGAUAACAUGGUAUGAAGCAUUGAUAAUGCUACUGUGGUAUGCUGGUUACGUUUUCUUCAUGAAAUACAAUGAGGCCGUUGAAAAGCUGAUUAAAAACUUUGUUUCAAGAGGAAAAGUAAAUACAACUAGUUCAAUGAAUUUUGCAGAGAAGUCAAUUGGGUCCAUGAAAAAUGAAGCCAGAAAUAUUAAGUUUAAUACAAUGAGAGGAAAUAAAAUUAGAAUACAAAGUAUCAUUGAUGACACCAAGAUUGAUAAUCAAGCUAACCAAGUGCCUGUUCAUACUUAUAAUCGUAGGUGCUCAGUGCCGAUAAUAAAUUCAAAUACAAAUAAUUCAGGAGUUUUUUCAAUGAUCGUACACACCAUUGAUCCAUUAACUGAAGAGACUCUUUGUAAACCUGAUAGACCCAAAUCAGUGGCUUCAGCUUGUUUUCCAAUUCAAAAUAAUGAUAAUUUCUCACGUCAUUACCAUGGUCUCAUUUCAAUAGAAUCAACACCUUUAGAGUCAAUGUUAAAAUCAUUGAAUUGUAAUAAAAGUUUAGAUAAAUUACAAAAUGAAAAAGAUGCAGUUGAUUCAAUUUUACCAAGAUGUUCAAUAUGCUUGGAAAAGGUUGAACUUCAAUCAAAAUAUCUUGAUGCUGAUAAGUUAUCAAUAAAAUCGAGUAAUCUCAAUGUUUCACCAUCAACACCUUAUUCAGUAAGAUUACACUCGAAGCUUCCUGAUGUGGCUACAAUAUCAUUUCCUCCUCAUGGAAUACCUUCCUCAUCACCAUCCACCAUGUACGGAAUUGAUGGGUUAGAUGCUAAACGAAGUAGUUCAUCUCUAUUAGCUGCCAAGAUGAGGGAAACUCUUGAGGAAACAGCUAAUGAACCUUUGGACCUUUCAUGGCCCACCUCAUGGUCAAAAAGGAUAACUUAUCUACUACUGGUUCCAAUUGUCUAUCCCUUAUGGUUAACGCUACCUGAUGUAAGAAAACCGGAAAAGAAACGCUGGUUUGUCGCUUGUUUCGUUGGUUCAAUCAUUUGGAUUGCUAUUUUUUCAUAUCUCAUGGUUUGGUGGGCAACCCUUGUAGGUGAAACUUUCGGCAUACCCUCAGAGGUUAUGGGUCUUACGUUUUUGGCGGCUGGUACCUCGGUACCUGAUCUAGUUACCUCUAUUCUUGUGGCGAGAAAAGGUUUCGGUGACAUGGCUUUAUCCAGUUCGAUUGGAAGUAAUAUUUUUGAUAUAACCGUUGGAUUACCUUUACCUUGGUUUCUUUAUACAAUCUUCAAUGGUUCGUAUAAGAUAAACUCACAGGGAACGAUCUGUUCAAUUGGAAUACUAUUUACGAUGAUAAUUUUUGUCAUCAUUUCCAUUUCCUCAUUUCGUUGGCGUUUAAAUCUUGGCUUGGCAUUGGUUAUGUUCAUCUUGUAUUGGCUUUUCAUUGCAAUCACUUUACUCCUUGAAUAUGGUGUCAUCAAGUGCUCUUCCAUAUUCAAUUUCAUCUGAAGAAGUAAAGAAAGAAGAAAAUUCUUAUCGGCCUCAUGCAUUUUCAUGGCAAACAAAUUCAAUAAAAAAAAGAGAAAGAAGAAGAUGAAGAAAAAAAAACUACAAGAACAAAAAGAUAAUGAUGAAAAUGGAUGACAAGUCCCAUGAUGUGCUUGAAUCAGCAAGAUAAUUCUGAUGGUUUAACAAGGAAAGACUAUGAAUCCUCAUGUCAAGAACUUUAAACAUUUUUUCAAAACUCAUUAUCUUCAUGUCUUGUUUUCAGGAUGUAUUACAUGAACAUAUCGUUAGUAAUCAUUUUUGCCUUUUCGACUUUAUCUUCAUCUUUAUCUGAAUUAUUAUUAGAAAAUUAUUAUUGCCGCCAAAUCUUAUUAUUAUUAUUAUUUGCAGGAGUUCAUUUCUAUCAUGUGAAACUAUUUUUAAACAAUUAGACAACGAAACCAUGAUGAGCAUCUCUUGUUUUGCAUUCCAUCAAUUUAUCAUCAUUUCUCGUUCGUAAUCAUCAUUAUUAUCAACUUACUCCAUUCAACUUUGACUGUGUCAACCUUUUACUUUAUCAUCUUCUUCAUCAUUAUUCACAUCAUCUUUUUUUGCAUCUUAUACUCCUGUGAGUUUACAUUCUGUUUUCUUCCUUUCAGAACUUUUUUUUUGUUCUAUUCGUUUUUCUCUUGCUUUUGUUUUCCGUCCCACUCCGAUCUCUCUCUCUCUCUCUUCCUGUUUGACACUUUGUCUUCUUUCCAGCCUCAUCAUUUGUCAUUCUCAUCCCUAUUCUCAUCAUCAUCAUCAUCAUUUUCUUUCUUUCUCUUUACUUUCUCGCGUUUCUCUCUGUUGUUUAUUCUCCAUCACUUUCCACUCACUCUCUCUCUCCCUCACUCUCUCUCUCUCACUCUCUCUCUCUCUCUCGCUUUUAUCAUUCUUCCCAAUUGUGUAUCUUAUCUUACUGUUACUUAUUCUCUCUCUCUCUCUCUCCCAUUGCAACAUAAUUCAUCAAAAUCAUUUUCUUCAUCUUUUGUUUUUCUCCUCAUCAUCAUGUAUUUUCAAUUAUAAAUCAUGGAAAUGGUGAAACCAUUUGACUCCUGUUGUUUUCAGUAUGAUAAAUGUAAACCAUUUUAUCAAGAUUAAAAUCAUAACCUCAAUUCUUGAAUACAAUGAUUCAGAUUAACCAAAAGCCAAUGUAACAAAGAUUGAACCAUGAAAAUGAUUCGAGACAUACAAACCAUAUUACCUGUAGUUAUCUGCCUACCUAUCCAAAGUAAUUGUAGCAUCGAAGUAAACAAAAUCAUGAUAACUUUUUUAUCCAAUGUAUCAUCUGAUAUCUGAAAUUAGAUUAUCAAACUUUCAACGAUUGGAAAAACUCAUAAUGAGCUAAUUCAAAUUCAACGAAUGUUAAUCAUUUGUUUGCUAAAUAAAAUCAUCGAUGCAUCCAAUUGUCUAUGGAUUAUUAUUUAUAUUCCAAGUUUUGUCUCCUUUUCUCUAUUCACUUUUUCCCCCAUGAAAUUUCAUGAUAUCACCAAAAUAAUGUCCACUUUUCAACAUAGUUUAAUAUUGUAUCAAUUGAAUCAAAGAUUAUUCCAUUUACAGUUGAUCAUGAUUAAUAAUUUGAAACGACAAGUUGAUUCUAAUUGCAUGAGUAGAUCAUAAAUUAAUUGUAUUUCUCUUCAUGGUAUGAGAAAGAAAUACAUUCGUAGCAAUUAAAAUCUCUCCUUGUUGGCAUCAUGUUCAUCAUCAUGAAAUCCUGGUUAUAAACAUGAUAAGAAUUAUUUGAGAAAUGAGUAAAUUCAAUCAAUUGAAUUUAAUGUGAAAAAGAAAAAAAAAUCUGAAUAAUUGAUUAGAUUAUUUUUCUUUCUCUUUCCAUGUUCAUUAUUGAUUCUCUUUUACUCCUUUCCCAUCUUCCUGAUUUGAUGACAAUAAUUUGCUCAUCUUCCUCCUACUGAUUUGUAUCAUCAUCACUCAUCAUUAAUAAUAAGCAAUAAAAAAGUAAUAAUAAUGUUACUUUCAUCAUCAUCAUCAUCAUCAGCAUCCUCAUCUUUAUCCGUUGUUUUCUUCAUCCUUCCCCAUUAAUUAUUCAUCAAAUUUUAUCUAAUUACAGUUGUGAUUUAAUAGUAACUAUCAACGUCACAAUUUUUCUUUCGCUUCUUUUCAUUUUCUCAUUUUUUUCUGUUCUCUCAUCUUUAUCAUCUUUAUCAUCUUCUCAUCGCCAUUGUCAUCAUGCAUCAUUAUCUCAACCAGUAUCUCAUCGUCUUUACGUUUUCCUUUGUUGAGCUUUCAUAUGAAUAGAGGGUAAGAGCUUAGGAAGUAUUAAUUGUAGACAAUGAAGAUGAACAUUUAUAUAUAUUAUUAUGAAACACACUGAACUUUACUCAUCUCAUCAGCUUGGAUACUCUCUCACUCAC